GGGCCGCGCUCGGCGCUCCCCGCGUUUGAGGGGCCGGCCCGGCCCCCGCCGCGCUCCCGCCGGCGGCAGCAGCCACCCCGCAGCGCCCCGAGCCCCGCCGCGUCCGACAUGAGGGAGAAGGGCCGCAGGAAGAAGGGCAGGACCUGGGCAGAGGCCGCCCGGACGGUCCUGGAGAAACAUCCCAACACACCUAUGAGCCAUAAAGAGAUCCUUCAAGUUAUCCAGAAAGAAGGGCUUAAGGAAAUCAGCGGGACGUCCCCCCUGGCCUGCCUGAAUGCCAUGUUACACACCAACUCCCGCGGAGAAGAGGGGAUCUUCUACAAGGUGCCGGGACGCAUGGGAGUCUACACCCUGAAGAAGGACGUUCCAGACGGGCUGAAGGAGCUCUCGGAGGGCUCAGAGGAGAGCAGCGACGCCCAGUCCGACUCGCAGAGCUCCGAGCACAGCAGCAGCAGCAGCGAUGGCUGCAGCAACAAGGACGGGAAGAAAAGCAGAUGGAAAAGGAAAGUGUCGUCCCGCCUGUCCCAGACGUCGUCCCCGCAGUCCGGCUGCCCGUCCCCCUCCAUCCAGGGCAAGGUCCUCUCCUCCUCCCAGAAGCACAGCAAGAAGGCUCUCAAGCAGGCCCUGAAGCAGCAGCAGCAGAAGCAGCAGCAGCAGCAGCAAUGCCGGGCGGGCAUGCCCGUGUCCUCUAACCAGCACCAGCACCAGCACGUCCUGCUCAAGGCCGUCAAGGCAGCCGGGGACUGCGCUCCGGGCAAGUCAGGUUGGGAAGGGAAGGCAGACGGGCAGUCCAGCAGCCCCCAGAACUCCACCUCCAGCUCCUCUCCCUCUGUGAAGCUCGAGAACUCCCUGCCAGGGCUGGGGAAGAAGCCGUUCCAGAGAUCCGACAGGCUCCAUGCAAGGCAGCUGAAGAGGGCCAAGUGCGCCGAGAUCGACGUGGAGACGCCCGACUCCAUCCUGGUGAACACGAACCUGCGGGCGCUGAUCAACAAGCACACCUUCUCCGUGCUGCCCGCCGAGUGCCAGCAGCGCCUGCUGCUCCUGCUGCCCGAGGUGGACAGGCCGGUGGGGGCUGACGGGGUGAUGAAGCUCAGCAGCUCCGCGCUCAACAACGAGUUCUUCACCUCGGCUGCCCAGGGCUGGAAGGAGAGGCUGUCGGAAGGAGAGUUUACCCCGGAGAUGCAGCUCCGAAUCCGGCAGGAAAUCGAAAAGGAAAAGAAGGUGGAGCUGUGGAAGGAACACUUCUUUGAGAGCUACUACGGCCAGAGCUCCGGGCUGAGCCCCGAGGAGUCGGAGCUGCUGACGGCGCAUCCCGAGGCGGAGCCCGCCCAGCCCCGCAGCGCCCCGGCAGCGCCGCGCCGGGAGCACGGCACCUCUGCCCCCGAGCCCAAAGCACAGGCAGCCCAGGAAGCACCAGCAGUGAAAAAAGGGGCAGAGGAAGGAAGAGAGGACACACCAAAGCCAGCCAAGCCCCCCGAGGCCUCGGCUUCCCCGGACAGGCGGGCGGUGAAGCCCAGCGACCGUUCCCUCCCUGUCAGGGAGAGAGUCCAAGGAGAAUCCAUCCAGGAGAAACCCCAAACUGCCGCCAGGCAGAAGCCAGAGGAAGAGAGGAAGCACAGUGCAGCGAAGGAGGUGCCAGGGAAGGAGACUGUGGGUGCCCCCAGCAAACCAAAGAGCCCCGAAGCAGGGGAAGCAGCAGCCAAGGGGCAGAGCCCAGCGGUGACUCCGGCCCCGCCGGAGAAGCAGCCCCCCGUGGGGGAGGACAUGGAGGUCAGCGUGGAGGCCCACAAGAGGAAGUCGGAGAGCCGUGAGGAAGCUCCAGCCACUCCUGAGAAGAAGCCCCGGGUGGUGGAGCCCUGUCAGCACCACCAGGCAUUUCGGAGCCAGCCCCAGCCCUUUCCUGCCGGGCCCCCCGUGCCACGAGUGCCCCCCCUCAAGAUUCCCGUCUCCAGAAUCUCCCCGAUGCCAUUUCCUGCGGGCCAGGUCUCUCCCAGGGCACGUUUCCCCUUCUCCCUCACCAGUCCGGGCAGGACAGGGGCCAGGACCUUGGCCGACAUCAAGGCAAGGGCCCAGCAGGCCAAGGCUCAGAGGGCAGCGGCCGCCGCCGCCGCCGCCAGCGCCGCCGCCGCCGCCUCGGCCGGGGGGGCUGUGCCGGGGCCCGGCCCGGGCGGGGGGACACGCCCGAGUAGCGGCACCACCCAAACUGGAACGGCGGGACACGCACUGGAACUGGCAGGAACUGGAAGCGGGGGAGGUUCGAGAAGGUUUCUUCCCCACUGCCCAGGGCCCCGUUCCCAAAUGGAGAGCCGGGCCACGGAGCAGGGAGCUCCUGGCGAUCCUUCUGGAGCACAACUACAGCCAAGGGCCCCCGCCCAGCCCAGGGCCCCCGGCCCCUCCUCCGCAGCCCCCGCACUAGGGAACGUGGGGGACAAGCCGAGCCCCCCGCGGGUGACGGGGACCCCGGGGACGGAAUCCCCACACGCCGGGAGCGGGGACGGAGUGGGGACGACCCCUUGUGCCGCGGCCCGCGGGGCUCCGGCGGGCAGGGACGGGCCUGGCUGUGGCACCGGCACCACCGUAACCGCAGGAGCACCUGCAGCCUUGGGAGGGACCAGCUCUGACGUUUCCAAAAGCAAAUCCCCUUCCCCUCUGGUGUCCUCGCUUCCAUCGGCAGGCCCCGAAGCCCAGGCUGGAGCUGUGGGCACUCCUGCCCCCGUCCCGCCCUGCAGCGCUUCCUCAGCAGCACCCAGCCUUAAAACCCCACCCAAACCCAGCUCCAGUAUUCCUGCCAACAACCCUUUGGUCACCCAGCUGCUCCAAGGCAAGAACGUCCCCCUGGAGCAGAUCCUGCCGAAGCCGCUCACCAAAGCAGAAAUGAAAACGGUGCCCUUGGCUCCCCGGGAAGAGCAAGGGGCGGCAGCUCCCAGCGCAGCGGGGAACGGCACUGGGGCCGAGGCGGGGGACAGACCAGCGGGUUUACCCUCACAGCAGCUUGGGAAGAUCUUCUGCCAGAACAGGCCUCUGCCUCACAUUCCAAGGACCUUCCCGCUCCCCUCGGGAAAGGACCCCGGCCAUGAGCAGCACCAGUGCCACGAGGCGUUGAGCAGGGCCACCCAGGAGCAGAUCCUUCAGACCCUCAUCAAGAGGGUGCAGAGGCAGAAUUUGUUGCCCGUCCUUCAGCCCUCGCAGCUGAACCUCCCCCACUCAGGUUUCCCGGUGGAAAACAGCUCCACCAGCCAGAGAUUCAUGCUGGGCUUCACGGGCAGGAGGACGUCCAGGCCUGCCAUGUCCGGUCAUUAUCUGCUCAACAUCUCCACCUACGGCCGUGGCUCGGAGAGUUUGAGGAGAGGCUUCUCCUUGAACCCCGAGCUCCGGCUGGGGCUGAGCAGUCCUGCGGAUGGUGCCAGGGCAGAGUUUGGGGAGUGCGAGGAGGGGGCCGGCCAGGGCAGCAGCAGCGAGGAGGAUGCGGAUGACGAGAGCACCGGGGACGAACGGGAGGACGUCGGCGUCAAAGAGGAGCCUCAGGCCUCUGGUCAGUGUGAGAGAGAGCAGGGAUCUCACAGCACCAGCCCUGCUCAUCCCAGCUCCCUGGGGACGAGGGCUGGGAAGGCCGAGGCAGCCCCGGCCCCGCUGGCAGCCGGCACCAAGGAGAGCCCUCCGGCGCUGGACGGCACCGCGCUGGCCCGGGACCUGAUCCAGGCGGCGCAGGAGCAGAUGGCACACGCCAUGAGGGGCAGGAUGCACAGCAGCCCGGAGCAUUUCGGGCCUCCUGCCCCGUCCCCGGACUCGGCGCAGCCUCCGCUGCUUCCGGCUCCGCACCCCCCGAAGCUGUCUGGGAGUGCCGGGGCGCAGCUCCUGGGGCCCAGUUACAGCGGCACAAUAAACGUCUCCACCUCGCCCGACGUGAGCCAGGGCUCCCUCAUCUCGGGGCUGUCCGAGUGCAACCAGCUGGCCAGCUCCAUGGGGAACGUCAUGUCCUUCUCCGUGACCGUCACCACCAUUCCCGCCGGCCAGGCUGUGAACUCUGGCGGGCACGGGCAGACCCUGCCGGUGCAGGCCUUCGCCGAGGACGGCGGCAUGGAGGAUUCCCCUUCCAAAUGUUACUGCAGGUUGAAAGCCAUGAUCAUGUGCAAGGGCUGCGGGGCCUUCUGCCAUGAUGACUGCAUCGGCCCCUCGAAGCUCUGCGUCUCCUGCCUCGUCGUGCGGUAACCGGGCCGGGACGCGGGCACGAGGAUGGCUUGAUUUAGGGUUUGCUUUCGGAAGUAUAUCGGGAAGAAAACAGGAAUUUUACUGCCUUGCACAAGAGACACGUUACUGAAUCAGGAAAACAGAGUAGAGUCCUUCUUUCAUUAACGAAAGAGCACCUUCUUGUACAGGGAGUCGAAACCGCGCUCGACUACGUGAAUUGUGACAAGAGUUUGCACUUAAGGAAUUAUGUAAAUAUGUCACAUUAUUUUGUUUAAAGAUAUUUUUUCAAUCUUUUAGGAGAUGAUAGUGUUUGACUUGUGCUGCAGUUUCAGUAACCCCAGCCUGCUCUGAGCGUGUUUGCUGAGUUCUGCUCGACACGGGGCCUCCAACCCGUAGCCUGUGGUUGGUCUUCUCCUGGCAGAGGGGAGAACGGGAUAAUCCAAAUCCAUCUGUGUGUGCUGAGCGGGGACAGAGCCCUGAGUGGGCUCCCUUGGCUGCUCUCUGGUUCAAAUCUUUGGGAACUGGAAGGCGCUGCCAAUGUCGUGCCAGCCUUUCCAGCCAUUGCCUUCCUCCCGUGACCCGGCUGUUCCCAGGAGGCUCCUGGGCUGUGCAAUAUGGGCUGGUGUUCCUGAUCUGCAAAUCCUCCCCUCUCCCAGGAGGCGCUUCCAGUCGCCACGUUUAAGGGAGGUGGUGUCUGGGUGUGUUGCUGGGGAAACAGAAAGAAGGAACUGUCCUGGCUGUGGGGUCCAGAGUCACUGGAACAGCUCAGAAACUGGGAUUGUCAGUGCCCCCUGAAGCAGUGAGGGCAGAGCUCACACAGCUGUGCUUGGACUGUCAGGACCGGACAGGAAUCUGCUCUCCUGGGCAUUCCCAGUGAGCGGGGAGGGGCUGUCCUGCAGCCCAGGGCCAGCAGCUGUUGGGACACGGGGGCAGGUGAGGGGCACAAAGCGUCACCCUCGGACCUGCCGUGUUCUGGGAAGUGUUUUGUGCUCCUCCAACCCCCGCCACGGUCAGCCCUCUCCAGUUUCUAUCCAAGAUCCUGCAUUUACUCAGUGUAGGGAAAGGCAGUGAGUGGCUGGGCCUCUCUGGGCAGCCCUUUGUGUCUGAAGUACCAAAUCAGGCUCAGCUCAGCUCUGAUGGGGCUCGGCUGAGGGGAGGGGUGGGCUGGGGACGGGGCUGCCCCUGCCCUUGUACCUGCCAAGGCCAGCCCCAGCUGGGGAUGCUCGUCCUCGCGCGCUUGGCACACCAGGGCUGUUCAGACACCACCAGGCUCGGUGCCCGUCCAGUCCCACCCUGUCCCUGCCCGGGCAGGCAGGGCCCUCGCUGCAUCCUGGGCAGGGAACAGAGCUGUGUGUGUUUCUGAUGGAAAAGCACUGAAUUCACUUUGAAUCCAAAGGCCUUUUAAAGCUGAAGCAAUAUUCCCAUGGCAGUGGGACGGCUGUGUGGUGCACGGGGUCCUCAGCCCUUCUUUCCUCUCCCUUGGCUGUACUACUGCUUCCCCUUCCCUCCCCCCGGGAACCCAGCACGUGGUGGGGGGGAGCAGAAAUAACUGUCUGGGAGAUUUUCCAAGGAGCAGGUGCCGCCCAAACCCGCCAGAGCUGAAGGAGCGUUGGGACAACGCUGUGAGGCACGGGGUGGGAUUGCUGGGGUGUCUGUGCAGGGCCAGGAGUUGGACAUGAUGGUCCUUCCAGCUCAGGAUAUUCCAUGAUUCUGUGAUUUAUUUGGUGAUGGUAAGGAAAAGCGAGUUGCAGACUAAAUCCUGUGGUAGCAGGAGCGUUCCCUUCCCGGCCCAGCGAGUGCAGCCACCUCUGGAGCAGGAGCUGCAGCAUCACUUGGUCUGGGAUUUGCUCACCUUCAAUUCAUUGCAGAGCAGUGGCCCCCCCGCUGUCUGAUUCCACAUCACUGCUCAGGCAUCCCGUGGUGAGGAUGUAGGGAUUAGAAAUAAACUCUUUUUUUUUUUUAAUCUAAAACUGAAAUCUCAAAAAAACUGCACAGAAUUGCUCCCACAAGCAUCUCGUGCUGGUGGUGGUUGUAGCCCAGGAAACUCCCACUGUGGGUGUGUUCCCACCACUUCCCACUUCCAGCUUGUGUUCUGGAAGAGGAAUUCUGAGUAACUCUGGCCUUGUCCGGGCAUGAAGGAGGUUCCAGCAGUGUAAUCCGGGUCAGACACACCCCUUCCUGCCCGGGACAGCCCCGGGAGAAUCCCAUUAUCCCAUUUGCAGACUGUGCUGGCCACAAAGCAAACUGACCCAGUGGUUCUUGCCAAGGAGGAGGGUGAACGGCUUUGCUGCACAGCUGGGGCAGCUCUGCUCACUCCUUGGCUCUGCUCGCUGUGUUUUUCCAGGCUGAAGGAGAGGAUGAGGAGGGAGCUGUGGGCAGUGACCUGCCCGUGUGCCCUGGGUGUGUCACAGGCUGCCGCUGGAGCGGCUGUUCCAGUGCUCCUCUGGCAUUUCCCAAACCAUCCCCACCCCGGCUGUGCAUCCAGCUCCUUCCUCUCGUUCAGUUUUCUGGAGUCCUCUGCUGUGCAUGGAUCUGGGGUUCUGUGCCAGUUCCCUGGCAGUGCAGGGAGCUGCUGUUCCCUGAGCUGUCCCACGGGAAUGUGCCUGCCUGGCCCUCACUGUCCUGCGGUGGGAUGGCUGGGGAUCUGAGAUGGGAUGGGAUGGCUGCUGAUCCAGGUGGGAUGGCUGGGGAUCUGAGAUGGGAUGGGAUGGCUGGUGAUCCAGGUGAGGUGGCUAGUGAUCCAGGUGGGAUGGCUCGUGAUCCAGGUGGGAUGGAAUGGCUGGUGAUCCAGGUGGAGUGGCUGGUGAUCCAGGUGGGAUGGGAUGGCUGGUGAUCCAGGUGGAGUGGCUGGUGACCCCAGACAUCGAGGUGGCCCCAGGCUGGCACUGGCCAGCGCAGGAUCGUGGGUGGUGGCUCGGAAGUUUACACCUCUGUCAGUGCCUUAGUUCCAUUUCAUGGAUCAACACUUUGCUUGGGCUGCUUUUCUUCUGUUUCCCUUCAAGACAAUAAAUUCUCUUAGGCCCACCCUUGGUUUUAACAGGCUCCUGGUGCAGGCUGGUGGAUCAGCUCUGCGAGUGUGCAGAGGGCACUGAUGGUGAGGAAAUCAUUGGGAUAAUGGGCUUGGUGUAAUAAUCACUGCAAGUACCCCCCGGAAUAGGGAUAAAGCCCUGGAAGCUGCAGCUGGUUGUGGGAUGAUGUGUUUCAGAAGAGGGGAUCCUGGUUGUGGGAUGAUGUGUUUCAGAAGAGGGGAUCCUGGCUGUGGGAUGAUGUGUUUCAGAAGAGGGGAUCCUGUGUAGUUCCUGGCAUGGGAUCAGCCUGUCCCGCUGCCGAGGCUCCUUCCUGCGAGACAACAAACCCACCUUCACACUGGAUUUAUAAACAAAGGGAUGUCGGGAUGUAGGUUAAACUGUCAGACUUGGCUUCCCAAGGAAUUCAUUCCACAGCACUGCAGGGAACGCUGGCAUCCCAAAUCCAAAAUAAACGUUCCAAAGGCCGAUGUCAGAGUGGUUUUGGCAGGGAAGGGAACCUCAGCGAGGGAAGAGAUUCAGGUUUCAGUUUCCCUGUUCGGGAAGCAGAACUGGAAUUACAGCCCGACCAACACUUCUCUUCCAGACCCCACGCAGGAGUCGUGGCUCUGGGAGUUCGGGUUGUGAGCCAGGUGGGCAGCAAGGGAGGGAACUGGGUGAGGGAUGUCACUGUCCCUCCUGAACUCCCCAGGAAGGAGGAGGCUCUGAGCAGUUGCACUGGCUGGGGAGUUGUGUUGGUUUGGUUGUCAGAAGCAGCUGCUGGGGCGGCAAUGCCAGGUCAGGUCGUUGAUGCCGGAGGGACCCUCAGUCCUCACUCACCCUGGGGGUGUUGCUGCUCCAGAGGCAGCUCCAGAGGCAGCAAAACCCAUCCUGGGCUGGGAGGGUGGAUUGGAAGCGGGUUUGGGGCUUCUCUCUGGGGAAGCUCAUUGUGAGGGUCCAGGUGAACCCAGGAGGGUUUGGAGGACAGGGCUGGGAUGGGGUUUCCCUCUGCAGGGCCUCAGGUUUGGCACAGCAGUGCCCAAUCCUGGGAAGGAUCUUGCAUCCUCUGGGAGCUGAGCCCGGGCUCAGCUGGGAGAAGGUGGCUCAGCUGGGCCCUGGAGUAAGGGCUGGAACCUCCGGGAUCCCACAGCGGGAAUGGGGGUGGCUGUGGGGGUGGGAGGGGCUGGGGUGGCACUCGAACCCUGAAUUAUCUUUGAUUAGCACAGAUUGCCUGCACGGGGGGGACACCAUUCCCAGGCUGCCGAGGAGCCUCCCCACGGAGCCAUCCGGGUGUUCCAGGCCUGGGGGACGUGGGGUCCGUGUGCCACCAGCGUCUCACGGGGACACAGCCUGUGCUGGGAGGGAGAGAUCCCGAAUUUCCCUUGUUCCCUAGGUUGUUUUUAAUGCUAUACGUUUGCUAUAACUGCAGAGCGAGUUUAAGAGCUUACAGUAAUAUAUUUUAAGUAAUAUAUAUUUUAGUAUCUGUAAAGAAACGUGGACAGAGGAUGAUUUCUGAGGUGGAUGACAGGGUACAGGAGGGAGCAGUUCCUCAGCGAGGCCAAGGGGGGUUUCUUGCAGGAAAACUGCAAAGAUUCAGUUUUUGCCAUUAAUGCAAUAAAAAUGGGAAUUCUCACAAAGAAGCAAUCCAAGACUGUUUCCCAGAGGCUUCUCCUGUGUGGACAACAGGCCUGUAAACACAGUUCCAAAAUUCCUAAACCUUUGUCUUUUGCCUUUUUAAAAGGGACUUCAAUUGGGCUCGAGGGUCUGUACAGCGAAAUUGAGGUGACACCAUUUGAAAAUGUAUUUUUACACAAAUAAUAUAGAAAAAAAUCAUAUUUUACAUAAGAAUUUUAAGUAUUUGAAAUGUGUAUAUAUAUAUACUGUAUGUACUUCGUAUAUGCUUUAUUUUACAUUUUCAAUGUAUUAAAAAGUAUUUGAGCUGGUUGGA